GGUCUCAACUGGAGCGCCCGGAUCAGUUCAAGAUUCGUUCUCGGUCCAGUGGGCACGGAUCGCCGUCAAGAUGGAGAAAGUUUUCUUACUUUGCGCGCUAGCCUUAGUGCUGCCCGCGGUCCCGGCGAAGCAGUUCAGCUGUACGAUGGAACGCGAUAUGAGCUGUACCAUUUCCAGUGCCAAACUGUCCCUAGAUGAGUUGCCCGGAUCGACGUUUGUCGCGAUCAAUCCUUCGCUCGUGAGGAAGAUGCAGUUUUCACGGUCCACCGUCAGUGCACUGCCCGCGACUGCGUUCGAUGCGUUCCCCAAGCUGGAGACUCUGAACGCGUCCGGGACGGAGUUGAAACAGAUCCUUCCGAACACCUUCGGCACGGCCAAAGUGCUGCAGGAGUUGUACCUGGGAAAGAACGUCCUCCACAGUCUACCGGAGGACGCGUUUUACGGGGCGAACCGUCUGAAGACGCUGGACCUCUCGGACAAUUCCAUCGCCACUAUUGAAGCCUCCGCGUUCCGACGGUUGCGGGAGCUGAAAACCCUGCUGCUCGGCGGGAAUCACCUCGCCGAUCUACCGUCGGCACUGUUCAACGAUCUGUCCGAGUUGGAGACUCUGGAACUGCAGCACAACAACCUAGUGGCGAUCGAUGAUCGGUUGCUGGAAGGAUGCACCUCUCUGACGAAGCUGAAUGUGUCGCAUAACGCCCUGAAAGCCCUCCGGCUGGAGCAGUUCGAACGUCGCUGGUCCUUCGAUGUGAUCGACGCCAGCUACAACAGUCUGGACACGGUUAAGAUCCCGUCGAACUUGCGCCAGCUCGUAGCCACCGGUAACGGUAUUCGGACGGUGCAGCUGAACGGAGUCUCUUCGGAGCUGAUCCUGCUGAAGGUUCCGCACAACAAACUGGACAGUGUCGAUGGGCUGCCGACGCUCGAGAAGCUGAUCAGUCUUGAUCUGUCCUUCAACCACAUCCGCACGUUCGACUUCAACUCGAUCGCUCGCUUCGGCAAACUGAUCCUGCUCAAGCUGGACGGGAAUCAGCUACAGGCGGUGUCGAACAGCCUGCCGGGUCCCAUCACGCACCUCAAAUACGUUCAUCUGGCCCACAAUCAGUUGGUACGCUUCGAUCUGAACGUGCUGACAACGGUACCACGGAUCAUCAAGCUUGACCUAAGCCGGAAUCAAAUCGAAAGCCUGACGGUGAAGGACCUGAGCGAAUCCUUCCCGGUCCUGGUGCGGCUACUGCUGGAGGGUAACAACCUGCGCUGCGACGACAAUCGGAAGCUCGUGAAGGAGCUCAAAUCGUCCAUCACGGCGUACGCACAGACGAGGAACGAGUGCCGCAAGGAGCAGAAGUUGGUUGAUGGAUUGUGCUGCUCGUAGUGCCGCGCGUUGGAAUGUAACGAAUAAAGAUUCUCUUUUCCGAUGCCAUCGGAAGCUCACUUGA